UGUAUGAGUGUAUUACUAGUGGAGUGUUAUUAGUGUUUGUAUUGUGUAGGAUUAUGAUGCUAAGCGUUCUGAAACACACUAAAAAUCCAGUCAAGUUUUGGUUCCUGAAAAACUAUCUCUCACCACAAUUCAAAGAUUUCAUUCCCAGGAUGGCUGAGAGGUAUGGGUUUGAGUAUGAGCUGGUACAGUACAAGUGGCCACGCUGGCUUCAUGGACAAACUGAAAAACAAAAAUUAAUCUGGGCGUACAAGAUAUUAUUUCUAGAUGUACUUUUUCUAUUAAAUAUUAAGAAAAUAAUUUUUGUCGAUGCCAACCAGGUGGUUCGUACUGAUAUGAAGGAGUUGUUGGAGGAGCCAUUGGAUGGAGCACCUUAUGGAUACACUCCUUUCUGUGAUAGUCGUACUGAUAUGGAUGGAUUCAAGUAAUUAAUGAUAUGUAUGUAAAUGGACAGAUUUUGUCAAAAAUGG